AUGACCAUAGAGAGCUUCUCCGUUGAGUACGACACCAACAACAAAGACAAUGUGUUUUCCAGAGGUGACACUAUCUCUGGGAGGGUGGUCCUGGAGCUGUCCAAAGAAUCCAAACUAGACCAUAUCACUGUGAAAGCCAAGGGGAAAGCAUCUGUACUGUGGAAUGAAUACUAUUCACCUGCACAUAACAUAGUGUACACGUCAAAGGAAAAGUACUUCUCCAUUGCACAAGAUGUACUUGACGAUUCAACACGUGGUUCUAAGGUAAUCGCUGUGGGGAGACACACAUUCCCUUUUACUUUUCAAAUACCAAAUAUGGAGCUGCCAUCUUCUUUCAAGGGAAAACAUGGCAAAAUCACUUAUUUUCUGGAAGCAAGAGCGAUCAGAUUUAUGAGAGUGGAUCAGAAAGCUACAGAAGAAUUCUUUAUUGUUUCCAAUGAAGACAAGUCCACUCCUGAGACAAUGAAACCUCAAUACAUGCGCAGUGAUAAGAAGCACUCAUCUGGGAACGUGAUUUUGAAUGUGCACACUAAACGGAUGGGAUAUCAGCAAGGAGACAAUAUUGAAAUCCAAACCGAGAUUGUCAACAACACAAACGGCAUGGUCACACCCACGUACUACCUGUACGAGAAGCAAAGUUUUCACACAAAAUUAAAGAGGAAGGUCUACACUAAUGACAUCAUAAAGGAGUCUGGACAACCAGUGGGGCCCAAAACAGAGCUGAUAAAUAACAAAAUCUUGCACAUCCCAAACCUGCUCCCUCCAACUCUCCUCAGCAGCUCCAUAGUCAAACUGGAGUACAGACUCAAGGUGGUCCUGGACGCAUCUCUGAUAGGAAAUGCAGAGGUUAAGUUUCCAAUUGUUGUGCUGAGAGAGUUCAACAAGCUACAAGAGCAGAACCAGAGUGUUGUGUGAAUUAGGUUGGGUAGUCACUCCAAAGCAUGUUUUCUUGUUUUGUAACAUGUUCAGAUGAUUUAAAAACUCUAAACAAACAUCAAGUGGUUGUAAAAUAGAAGCUCAUAAAACCAGCCACUAUCAAUAUACAAUGCCUGGACUGGUCAAUGAUUGUUUAAUAUUUCUAUGUAAACCAGAGGAAAAAUAUGUCAGUUGUUGGUG